GUUUGGUUGCAGCGUCGUGGCUGUUGAUGUCGCUGUCAGAAGUCAGCCGAUAACAGAGGACAGCUAGCAGGUGACAAUGCAGUUCCUUGGCCGUCUCUUAGACACUGUGUCCUCUGUGUCAACCCUCUUCACCAACCCCUACCGGGUCAGGGAUGUGCCGCUGGCUGACUACGCUGGGGGAGGCAAGAUCCUUCUGAAAGAGGAAGGACGCAUGAUCCUGUACAGACACACACAAUGCCAGUCAUGGGACUGUCUGCUAAUGUGCCCUGAGACGCCUCACGUCACUCUGAGGCUGUUUCAGGUGGCGUCAGAGGAGGACGCCAUGAACUGGUUCCCCCAGUAUGCCCUCAAGCUUCGGCCAUUUUAUGAGACACUUCCUCUGAAGGCUGAGACCGCCCAGCCAAUCGUGGACUGCAUCCGCAGCCAUCCUGACUGGAGCUCCGCCCACAUUGCCGUGGAGACAGGCCUGAGAGAGUGUCUCAAACAUAACUAUGUACAGAGUCAGAUCAAUGCUCGGAAUGCAUCAGGUCAGACGCCGCUGCACCGGGCAUGUGAGCGUGGCGACUCUGCAUGCGUGAAGGAGCUGUUGGAGGAAAGCCAGGCUCGCACCGACAUCAAAGACUGCAAUGGGGAGACGCCCAUGCACUGCGCGGCCAAGCAGGAUACUUCUACCAUAAUCCAGAUCAUGUGCUCGCGGUUGUGUCCGGGGGUGAACGAGCUGAAUAGCAACGGAGAGACGCCGCUCCAUGUGGCCUGCCGUCUGGGACGCGUGGAUGCCGUAAAAGCUCUGUUGGAGGGUGGGGCCAAGUGUGAUGUCAAUGGUGGCACUGGCUACGCGAUUCACAGUGCCAUGAAGUAUAGUGAGAAGGGCUGUGUGGAGGAGAUUCUCAAAGCGGACCCAGGCCAGCUCCAUGCUGAGGAUUCCAUGUAUGGAGGGACGCCUCUCCACUGGUCCAAAACUGCUGAGAUGUGUCGUUUGCUGCUGGAACACGGCUGUGCGGUGAACUACCUCAGUAAGACCGGAGAGAGCCCCCUCCAUAUUCUGACCAAGAAGGGGCGCUUUGAGGCGGCCAUGGUGCUGCUCACCCACGGAGCGAACGCCAACCUGAAGGGCCAGGAUGGAAACACAGCUCUACACCUCGCUAUGAAGAAGGACCACAUAGAGCUGAUCAAAGCUCUCAUUGUAUUCGGGGCUGAUGUGGAGGUCCACAACGACCUGGGAGAGACACCUGGACUCAUCGCUGCUCGCACCAGCAAAGGUCCUAAUAGAAAGAUACUGCUGGACAUGCUGUGUAGUGUAGGGGUCCAGCGGUGCCUCCCACCCUCCCCUGGCAGUCCUCCCCCCUUCUCCAACAACGCCAAGCCUCCAGGCAAUAAAGGCAUAGGGUUUGAGGACAUCAUGUAUAUGGGGGCUGCCGUCAGUGCAAUGAGCAGAGGCACAUCUGAAGUGGACGGCCCCAGAAUGGAGAAAAAGAAGAUGGACAGACUGCUGUGUCUGGAUGGUGGAGGUAUUAAAGGCCUGGUGUUGAUCCAGAUGUUGAUUGCGCUGGAGAGGGAAGCUGGUCGGCCCACCAGAGAGCUCUUUGACUGGGUGGCUGGCACCAGCACGGGCGGCAUCCUGGCCCUCGCUAUAAUCCACGGUAAAUCCAUGGAGUACCUGCGCUGCCUGUACUUUAGGAUGAAGGAGCAGGUUUUCAGGGGGUCACGACCUUAUGAAUCAGCACCACUGGAGGACUUCCUGAAGAAAGAGUUUGGGGAGAACACCAAGAUGACAGACGUCCGAUACCCUAGGGUGAUGGUGACCAGUGUUCUAGCAGACAGACAUCCAGGUGAGCUGCACAUCUUCAGGAACUAUGACCCUCCCUCCGUCCACAGAGAGCCGCCAUAUGCCACCACUGCCACGUUCAAGCCCCUCACCACCCCACAAGGAUGGGAGGAUGAGGAUGUAUUGAUAGUAGGAUACACAGAGGAGCCACCCAGAAAGCGUAGGAAGGUGACGGAUGAAGAACAACUUGUGUGGCGAGCUGCCCGCUCCAGCGGCGCUGCCCCCACCUACUUCCGACCAAUGGGCCGCUUUCUGGAUGGAGGGCUACUGGCCAAUAACCCGACAUUAGACGCCAUGUCAGAAAUCCAUCAAUACAAUAAAGCUUUAAAAGUAGAGGGCCAUGGAAACGAAGUUAAGAAGUUGGGUAUAGUGGUCUCUCUUGGUACAGGUAAACCUCCUCAGGUGGUGGUGAGCUCUGUGGAUGUUUUCCGACCCUCCAACCCUCUGGAGCUGGCCAAGAGCUUCGUAGGAGCCAAGGAGCUGGGCAAGAUGCUGGUGGACUGUUGUACAGACUCUGAUGGCUGCGCAGUAGACAGAGCUGCAGCCUGGUGUGAAAUGAUCGACACCAUCUACCACAGAUUGAGUCCCCAGUUGUCUCAGGAAGUGAUGCUGGACGAAGUGAGUGAUGCAGUCCUGGUGGACAUGUUGUGGGAAACCCAGAUGUAUCUGUACGAGAAGAGGGAAAAGCUACAGUCCCUGGCAAAGGUGCUACUGGACAAAUGAAAGCACAAGAAAACCACAAGGAGAGGCUGCGAAGAUUGGACUGUGAGAGCUGAAGAGACAGAGAAUAUGAGAGCAAAGGAGAGUCCCGAGAGUGGAGUCAAAGACGAGAGUGCUUGGAUGGGGCACAAAGAUUAGCAAGCCAUGUUGUCAGAUUCAGGACUGGAACGUCUGUGUUGGUGUGUCUUUCUUUCAAACUCUCAGAGACGACGUGACGACAGUGACUCUCACAUUUCCGCUGAAAUGUCAGUGCGCGGUAGCAAAUGUGUGAAUCAAGACAGACAAAUGAAAACUAAUGAGAACACAUAAAAACGACUGACUUAAUAUAGCCUACUGAAAGGCAAGUUAUGUAGCAUUAUGUGACUUUAUCACUGACCUUCUCACUAUCAAGGUUCAUUAAGUUUCAUGUUUGUACAAACAACAAUACAGAGGAAAUGAUGAAGGAAGUAGUAUUAACCAUAUAAAACUAAAGGAAGCACACAAACUGUGACCCUGUCAGUUAACAAUCGCCCUCCCCCCCUUAGCUGACUGUUGGGUAGCCAAUAAGGCAAUUUUGAAUUCAGUGGUGAUUGGCUGUUAUAAAACUGGAACACUCCUCAUUCCUCUUUCUCUUGUUCCUUUUUCUCACCCAAGAAGCUAAAAAAAAGACACUCAUCACACAGACAUUUCCAUGACGCCAUACGAUCAAAGGCACCCUGAAUACGGUAGCACAGUUUGGAUAAUGGUAAUAAUGAACCAGUUCUGCCUUACAUAUCUGGGACCCACAUUUGUACUGAUUCCUCUUUUUUCUCCACAACUCAAUGUCAUGCCUUUACUGUGUAAGUUAUUUAUACUGACUUUUAACUUAAUAUUUAACCUCACACGCCCUGAUAAUUUGCUUACACACUGUGCAACCUCUCAGUAAACUGGAAAAGUGUCUUGAGCACAUAUUUAACAUGUACUGUUACAACUGAACUUGCGACUAGACUUUUUAACUUACUUGAAAGACAAACAGAAGACCCACAGCUACUUGCACAACAUAAAGUAUAACUUACAAAUAAUUUCCUGUGUUUUUUGUAUUUGGAUUAAUUACUGAAGUGUAUACUCAUAUGGUAAUAAAAAUAUAUUAAU